AUGUUUUCAGGUUAUCGCAUCCGACCAGACGAUCCAUAUAGCGAAGUGGAAGAAGAACGUCAUGUGCCCAAUGUGCCCGACUACGAGAACGUCCAAGAAUUGAGUGAAUGUUCGGACACUAUGUCAAGUUGCACAUCGGAAAUGAGUGUUGCGUUGAGUACCGAGUCGACGUUGACGCUCACUGAGAAGGAGACGACGCCAACGCCUGUGAACGGCACAUUAACCCGUACUCCGCCCAUUACCGAUGGUGAUCACACCGCCAGUGCUGCUCAACCGAACGCAGUCCUGCUCGUUGUGCUGCCGUGA